CCUGGCGUGAGGAGUUAACCGGCCGGGUGGGGACUGGUCCUUGCGCUGCCUGGCUCCCUCCAUGGAGGGCGUGGACCCGGGGGACUUGACCCUGCUCUUCAUGGCUCGGGAGCGGAGAGAUUUGUCUCCCUUGGGACUCAACAGGAGACGCAACUGAGGAGUCUGGAUUGGCCGGGCUUAAAGAGUUUCAAUGUUCUGACUUGCUCUAAGAUGAAGGUAUGGAAGUUUGCAGCCAUUGCCUCGAUGCUCCUCAGUUCCAUGUUGUCCAUUUUAGUUUGUAGAGACAUGCUCAACGGAAGCCGGAAAUACAGCCCCUUCCCUUCCUCGCCAUCAAGGUCAGCCUCCUCUUCUGCCUUGCCUGUAGGCCAGCGGAGAUCCCCACGAGCCCUGGAGCACCGUGACCCACUGAUCUCUCAAUACAGUACCUUGUUUGAAAGCUACACGGAGGGGGAAAUCCGACAGCUGAUCUCCACGCUGGUCGAGAGGUACAGCCAGUCCAUGAACUCCGGGGGGCAUGAGCUGCCGCUCUUCCCCAAGCCUGGGAACCGCAUGAAGCGAGCCCGGGCCCGUCACAAACCCUGCGCCCUGAAGGAGCUGGAGGUGAGCGUCAGCGAGCUGGGCCUGGGCUACGAGUCAGACGAGAUCGUACUGUUCCGCUACUGCAGCGGCACGUGCGAGACGGCCGUCAGGAACUACGACCUCUCCCUGAAGAACAUGAGGCUUAAGAAGAAGAUCAAAAAGGAGAAGGUCAGAGCCCGGCCUUGCUGCAGGCCUCUCGCGUACGACGACGAUGUCUCCUUCCUGGACACUUACAACCGCUACUACACCGUCAACGAGCUGUCGGCCAAGGAAUGUGGCUGCGUGUGAAGCGGGGAAAGGGAACCUGGGAAGGUUGAUGUCUGUAAGGCAGUGCCCCAAAAGCCAAAAGCGCGAGGGCCUAAAGGAAUAUUGCUGCGCUCCGAGAGUGAAAGGAACUAAGAGGGGACCCAGGCUCAGAGAGUCAAGAAGGCAACUGUUUCCAAGUCUACCUCAGUUCUGUGGUUGGACUCUAGGGGCAACAGGGAAACUCUUGAUGCCGGGUUGUGCUUUGAGAGAAAUCGAGGAGCCUUUCGACACUUGGACAGGUGCCUCCACGCUCCCCCCACCGGCCUGGUGCCCCUGAGCGUUGGGAUGCUCUAAGAAAGAGGAGCUGGGGAAUGGAGAAGAAGGAGGAAACACCUACUGAUUUCCACAAGGAUGCCGGCAUCCGUCAUGCCAGCCUGGCAUCCACAUGUGCUUUUAUUUUAAUGCUCACACAAAGGGAUUUAGCAGGAAAGCUUUGCCGGCCAAGUAUUUCAAAUCCAAAAGGUGCCACUCGUCCUUGUCUUUGGAUGCAAUUGGAUGACCAGCUCCGGAACUGCGAUCCAGUUGGAAAGGAGGCGUCAGAUUGACAUCCACAUUCCUAGUCCUACGAAAACUGAGGCCUCUCCUCAGAGGCUCCCCUCCGAGACGGAUUGCGGCCUAAAGAGAAUUGCACCAGGGCACCAAGUUCAUGUGGAUGGAACCUUUUUGGGUGCGAAUAAAUGACUGAACAGUCAAGAAAUAUUCUUUUAUAUCCUAAGAUCAUAUCUUACCCUUAUUUUAUUGUAGACAUGCAGUAUAUUCAUGCUCUGUAAAUAUACAGGAAUAUAUAGAGAUAUAGAUAUAGAUAUUGGUGGCAAUCGCAGGCAUACAGAAUAGUAUCAUUCCUUCACAGCUGUUACGCCAACAUUCUAGUGAGGUCAAUGAACAAUUAAUUAUUGGAUGCUUCCCUCCCCCCAUCCCAGCCAUUCUAUUGACCUGGGCCGGGAGAGUGAUCUUAACAUACCUAUCCGGUUGGUGGGUUUAAACAGAGAGAGGGCAAGGAAGAGGAUUGGCGUGAGGCAUGGGGAUGAUGAGAAUUUCAAAGCUGCCUUAAUUUUAAUGGGAACUGGGUGUUCUGAUGUCCUAGGCAGCCUUGAAAAUCUCCAUGUUCCGCAUCAGUCAUAUGGACAUUCAGGUAGUCAGGAAAUGUGAUCGUUGAGAAGGAAUUUCCCAUGUUUCUGUUGCUUUGAGCACUCCUUUGCUUUCCAUCUGGCAGGCCUUCUGUCCUGCUGAAAUAAACCAUCAUGCCGCUCCUUGGACUAGCUUUGCAGGGACACUGCUAUAAUAGAGUUACUGGUGUCUAUGCUCCAGCAGGGUCUACACACUUCAUUAGACACAGAGGGCAGGUCUACGCUACAAACUUGCAGGUGCGCUGCUGUCGCGCUUCUAGUGAAGACACUCUAAGCUAACGGCAGAGAGUUCUCCCAUCAGCUUAAUAAUUCCACGUCCGCGAGAGGUGGUAGUGAUGUCUGGCUACAUGGGGGGUUGUCAGUAUAACUACGUUGCUCAGGAACAUGGAUUUUUCACAUCCCUGAGCAAUGAAGUUAUACUGAAGAAAGCGUGUAGCGUAGACCUGGCCUAAGACUUGGGUUUGCAAAGGAGUCAAAGGCCUUGUCUACGCUUUAAGGUCAUAUCGCUUUGACUAUACUGGUGUAAUUAAAACGGUCCAACUUCCCUGUUGUGGACACGUUUAUAUUGGUAUAAAGGUGCUUAUAUUAGUUUAGGGAUGGAGAAUAAACUAUAAAGCAACUUUUAUACUAGUAUAACUGUGUCCACACUAGGAGCUCUACUGGUAUAACUGUACUGGUCAGAAAUCACACUCCUAACCCAAAUAGUUAUACCCGUCCAAAAUCUGUGUGUAGGCCACACUUAAGGGAGUUAGGCACCCAAAUUCCAUUGAGUUCUGUGCAGUGGAGAUGAUUAGUCAGUAAGGCUGAGAGUGUUGAUGCUGCUUGGGGCUUCCUGUUCAUUUUGAUUGGGAUUUGGGCAUCAAACGCCUUUGAAAAUACCAGCCUCGGGCUCCGCUUUCCCAAAGACUGGGGUGGCUGUUGAACCCAGCCUUCCACUUGGCUGUGCAAAAAACUGGGGGUGCUGCUCCAGCCUGGGCCGUCCUGUGAAGGGGAAAGGAGUUCUCUGGCAUUCGUACACAACUUUACUUCAAAUGUGGCUUUUUAAUGGACAAACGUUUGGUGUUUCCACCCUCCUUAGGGCCCGAUCCAAUUCCCGCUGAGAUCGGCAGAAAGCCUCCCAUCUCACAAGAGCUGGUGUAGGCCUUCAGAUCCAUUCUAAUCACCUCUUCCUUGCCCAUUCAUUGGAACGAUCUCUUUCCCAUUUUCCCUCUCAUCAGCUUUUUGUCUUAAGGCUCAUGCCAACCUACGGUAACUGGAUCAACUCUCCAUUUCCUCCACCGUUGCUGGUGUCGGCUCACAUGACCAGGUUGUCCUCGGUGCACCUUGUAAAAUGGUUUAGAAACACUCUGGAGUAUGAGAGAUGGGUGUUUCCAUAGGAUGGCGUUUUAGUCUGAGGGCUAGGGAUACAUUGGGUUGUGAUACAGUGGAAGACCAGAGUGAUAAAAUUAGGAUACAUAUCAGCAAUAACAUCCUAUCUGGAGCUGUAAUAGAAGUUCAGUGGCAGAUCAGAAGGGCCAGAUCCCAAUCCAGAAGCAGUUGAAAUCAACAUGUCCAUCAG